AUGAAGCGCGUUAUAAAAACUGGUACCCCGGGGCCCCGGCAGGCCUACAUGAACAAAAGCAAGUACAACCCAAACCGUUACAAACAGGAGAAGGAUCGCAUAUCUCGACAAACAGAGUUUGUAAUGGCGAGCCUGUGCUGUCGGCGGUGCUGUGAGAUUAUUCAAUGGAAGGUUGACUAUGGUAAGUAUACUUCACAAGAGCAGAGCCGCCGUUGCAACUUGUGCCGGGAUAAUAAAGUGACUCAUGCUUACCACCGCAUCUGCCAACAGUGCGCUGAACGCGAGGCAGUGUGUGCAAAGUGCCAAAAGCACCCAGCAGCAUCAGCCGCCAACACCGAGGCUGACGUGCCCAAAACGGACUCAGAUCAAGAAUCGUCGGAAGGGAGUGUCGAGUACUUAGAGAAACUGAGAGAGCCGAGCAAGUAUGCGUUUGUUGACGUCGCUCCCGAUGAAGAAGAGCUUCAGCGGCUCACGGGUCUCAAUACUCGCGUUUUGCAGCAAAAGUUAAGGAAACGACGAGAGGCUGAAGCUCGUCAAUCCCUAGGUAGUUUGCGCGAGCGUGAAAGGCGAACUGUGCUGCGGAAAGCAACCAUCCAAACUGACGCCUCCGACAGUGACGAGAAUUUGUAA